ACGAGGUUGUUACCUUUCAACCGAAUCGAGAUGGAGAGAUCGGCGGCUGAAUAUCUUGUGUAUUUGAGAGAAAAUGUUUCUGAUCUCAAACAAGAGGCCAAAGAUAUGGGUCUUACUGAAGAAGAAAUAAAAUUCUGCAUUGAUAAAGCACUGUCAUUGGACAGCAACCAAAAUGAAUUGAUAAAUUCCCCAAAAAACAUUGCAAGAAAGUGCUUUCAUUACUUCCGGGUUCUCCUGAAGAUAUGGAUUCUGGCUUGUCUUCUGCUGAUUGCAGCAAUCUGUGGCGGGUUAUUUCUGAUUGAAACCCACAAGCCUUCAGCUGAUUUCGUUUCAAGAACUCUCCAACCUUACGGCUACGCAAUUUUUCGAUCUUUGCGGCUGUCAACACUUCCAGUUCACAGAUGGAUGAACAUAACUGAGUACUAUAACGCCGAAUGUAUUGUCGACAACCCUUACUAUGUGGAAGAGUUCAACUACGAAUGCAAAGUGUGUGAGAACUUCAAGAACCUGAAAGUGAUGAAUGCAACGGAUUUCACUGAAGAAAGAUUCAAAGCCUUUGCUCAUGCUUUUAAACCAGUUCAUUUGAAGGGGGUUCAAGACAGGAAUGUGGAUUACCAGGACCUUAGGAACACAUACAAGUUGAACAGGGAGGUCUUGCUUGAGAGCUUGUACAAGGUCACCAGUCUGGAUGUUCACAUCAGAAGUCUCGGGGACAUCUUUGAGUCGGACCUUGGUGAACAAGUCAACACAUCCAGUUCCAUUAGAAUUGAUUGGUUUUCCCAGUCUGUAACUGCCAGUGUUGUGUUAAGGGGUCUCUUUCCCAGACCAAAGGUGGUGCCAGAAAAACAUGAGAUACCAUUGGAGAAGCAUGUCUUUAUCUUGGGACCAAACUCACCAACAUUUGAGCUGCCUCUGACCAUGCACCCUAUUCAGCUGUACAUCCAGGGGAGCGGACAGCGACGUCUGUUAGCUCGACCUCACAAGAACUGCAGAGACUCAUGCAACACCCUGCUUGCCUUUAUGGAGCCUGGAGAUGCUUUAAUGUUGCAGAAUGAUGUUUGGGAUGGCUGGGUUGCUACGGGAGAUGGUCCAAGCAUUGGUUACCUAAUUUCUAUAGGCAUCUAGCUUCCAGAUAAGAGAGUGUGGUCAACAGGGGAUUGUCAUGGAUUACUCUUAACAGCAAAAACAUUCCAGUGUUUUCAUCAAUUUACUUUUAACGCACUAGACCCUAGUUAAACCAGUUUUCUUUUUUCUUUAAUUGACUGUUUAUAGCUGCCUACUUAAAGGCUAUUGUACAAUGUUUGAAAUAAAGAAAGAAAUUUUUGCCCUAAUACAUUUUCAACAUUUUAAAAAUAGAAAUUAUUGUUCUUUUGAUUAUACUUAGUGUGCAUUUAAUAUGUAAUGAAAUAAAAUUACCACUGACA